UCUUCCAGCAUCAGAAGAACACACAAGUGCUGAAAGAAGUUGUGACUGAUUAGAAAAUGACACCAUUCACACCUUUGGACUUCACGGAAUCCGGCGUGCUCAACAACAUAUUUGAGGAGAACAUUAUCAGCAGUGGAGGGUCUGGGAAGGUGCACCGUGUCCACCACCCUAGCCUUCACGGUCUCAUUGAGGAUCGCAGCAGCAGAAUAAUGGUUGUUAAGAAGAAGGGCAGCCUCGACGACUGGCUGCACCAUCAUGACCGCAAGGGCGCCCCUGCACCAUUGGACUGGCUGACAAAGCUGACCAUUGCUAUUGAUGCAUCCAGAGGCCUCAACUACAUCCACAAAGAGUGCAGACAGGCUAUUUUCCAUCGGGACAUCAAGUCAGGCAACAUUUUGUUUGACCCAGAGUUCCAUGCCAAGAUCGCCGACUUUAGGCUUGCCCGAAUGGUUGUCAACCCACGCCAGUCCCACCACAGGUCAGCCAUUUUUGGGACACACGGGUACAUGGCCCCUGAUGAGAAUCUCAAAUCCAGCAAGGCAUCUCAAACGUUUCUGUUGAGAUCUAACUGAAUGCAAAUUUUGCAAAAUACUAUUAGUACAAUGGAGGGGCAAGCUCUAGAGGGCCGAUAUCUAUAGUUUUGGUGUGGUUCUGCUAGAGCUAACAACCGACAUGGUUGCUGAGGGCGUUGGAGGAGGAGAAAGCCUGGCUGAAUGAGCAUUGAAGGUAUUACAGGAUCCCUCUUUAACGAAAGACAAAAUCAUCAAACAUAUCCGUGACUCGGUCCAUUGAGAGGAUAUUUUUAUGGUGUUGAAACUCGUGUUCCCUACACGAGUCCUUAAGCAUGUCUAUGGCCAAGCAUGAAGCGCGUCCUUACCCAGUUCAUGCUCAUCCAAUGCGACCGGAGGCAUGUAUGUACAGAGGCUGGGGCUGAGACCAUGUUGCGGAGGAGCGUGUCCGAGAGGGGCACCAACAGCAGUCGGUAUGGCCGCCGGCGCGACUCUGUAGCGCAUACAUGGAUGAGUUAUUAAGAACAGGUGGAUCAUGUUGCCGCUGGUGAUCACUUGGCUCCUUGUCUGUCUAACCAGGAGAUGGUAUGGCUCGCGUCGCUGCGCCAGCUACAGUUGCGUUCGGCAUUCACGUGACCAUGUCCUAGAUGAGUUUGGGCUUGUAGAAUGCACAUCAAUAAUUGUGUUUGCUUUUCUUUUUCUGAUAAUAGUGUAGUGGAGUGGGGCAGUGACGCAGUGGAGGAGUUCAUUUCUUCAGUCCAAGAUGUUGUAGCUAGCUUGUGACUUGACGCCUUUGCCAAAUGAUUGCCUAGCGAUAGCAAAUUAAACAAUGUCGCAACGAUACUAAGGUACUUCAAAAAAAUCCAGUCUCCUUAUCAAACGAAUAUACUAGCAUGUCUGGAUGAGGUUUAGAUGUGAUCUCAUAUGGGCUGCUUUCCUAAUUAUUCACUACCUAAAAGUACUAGUGGAUGAUCCGAAAAAUACUUCUAUUUGCAAAGACAUCUUAUAUUAAGGGACAGAGGUAGUAACUAAUUGUUUUUAAUAAGACCAAUCCUCUA